AGGAAGCAGGAUACCCCGGCGUCGGAGUUCUUGGAAGAGGAAGUGAUUUUGGGACGCCCGAUGUGCUAUUUUUGACAACGGUUGUACCCGUCAGAGAGGCAUUUUUACCUGUCAGGACGUGUCUGAAGAAUAGAGAGUUACGUCAGCUUUUGUGUGACUGAUCCAAUCCCGCGCCCACUCGAACUCGGUUACCGGGCAGACAUGGCGUUCCAAGCGGCGAUGUUGAGAGCGUGUCUCCGGUCACGUCGGCUGGUGAACCGCGCGGCAAGGUUAACAUUACCCGGUGUCAACCCGACUGGGGCCGGCUGGAUGGUCCAAAGGCCGUACGCCAUCUCGGUGGACAGACUUGACCAUUUCGUCCUCACGGUCAAGAGCAUCGACGUCACCGUGGACUUCUACACUCGCGUCUUGGGCAUGCGCGUCGACACGUUCAAGGGUGGGCGGAAGGCCUUACAUUUCGGCCAACAAAAGGUGAAUUUGCACGAACACGGCAACGAGUUCGAACCGAAGGCGCAUGCGCCCAUGCCUGGCUCGGCUGACGUGUGCCUCAUCACGUCACACAGCGCGGAGGAAGUGCUGGAACACCUCAAGACGUGUGAUGUAGCGGUAGAAGAAGGCCCCGUACAGAGGACCGGCGCACUGGGUCCUAUCCUGUCAGUUUACUUCCGAGAUCCCGACAACAACCUCAUAGAAGUCUCGUCCUAUACCGAACAGAGCACGGACUAAGUAGCAGGGUGGUUUUAUAUUUGAUAGUCGCGCAUAUAUAUAAUGUAGCAAUGCUUCAACCAAUCGGAACUUUCGUGUAAAAUUUCUGAUGAUACGAAUGAUUUGUAUGUAUAUGUACAAUAUAUUUGUGAACAUUAGCAGCCACACUUCAUAUCGUUUUGUUUGUACCACUUAAGAAA